AUGGCACUCAAAGAGGAGAAGAAGCCCGCUAGUGCGCUCGCUACCGAAAACCCUGGCUGUGGCCACUGUCAAAAUAUCGAGCCAAACUCAACACAGAAAAGCUCUGUUCGUAACGAGCAAGAAACAUGUGUUUUUGUGCUCGGGGUUGCUUGCUCCAUGUCUUUGGGGUAUAACCUGGAUGGUUCGGAAGCAACGUGGUCGAACCUCUCCGGCAGUGUUUGCGGGUGUUCGCCGGGGUUGUUGCCGUCGUUGCCGGUACAAGUGCCGCGCAUACGGACCAACAUCCGAAUGCUGGACGACGAGCCAGGGCCUAGGAAAUUGUGGAUCCAGAAACCGAUCAAUGUCUCCGAAGACCAUUUUGUAGGAAUACCGUAG